UAUCAAUCAUGAGGAUGAGGAGGAGAUUUCCAAAGAAGAACAAAGUUUCAUAUCUUCAAACUAUUCCUCGUGAAUUGACGACCCAUAUUCUGUCUCGAGUUGCAGCAUCUUCCGCAGCCGACCUCUCUAGCAUUAAGCAAAGUUGUCAAGAAUUACGUGAAAUUGCUGAAGAUUCAUAUGUCUACCAACAUGCAAGUUUAGACAAAUUUCCAAUUGUUGAAUGGAGUCCAAUAUGUGAGAAGAAACAAAAGUUUCUCAACAAAUGCAAAGAAAGCUCUAAUCCUGAAAUCUGGUAUAGGGAAGCACUGUUGGAUUUUUUCAACAAGAAAGAUUAUGCAUUAGCUCUUCGAAAAUUCUCCAAGGCGGCUGAAGCAGGGCACGUACAAGCCCUAUACCUUUGCUGCAUUAUGAUGCUUUUAAGUGGGAACCAGAGGAGGGGGGUUGGAAUGAUUGCCAAGAUUAAGAAAGAUGGAAUAAGGGUGGGAUUGUGCUGCAGAAAAUUGAUAGAGGAACUGAGACAAAUUUGGGUGUUGAAUCCAUUGCUUAGUCAGUCGCGGUUGCUUUGUAGCAAACACCACAAUCGCUACCGCCCGCGAACAAAUAACUGGUCAGGCGAAGAAUACGAAGACGAAGACGAAGACGACUGCACAACCUGUGUUGCUGCUAGACAUAUUAAGCUUAUUUGUGCUUGUUCUCACCUUUAAUUGUUAUCACCAUUUUUCUCCAAGAGUUAAUUCAAAUCUUAUGUACUAGUAUAAUAUUUGUUUCACGAAUUGA